UGUGCGGCCAAAACCCUUCGGCUGGGCGGCGGCGGCGGCGGCAGGGCGUAUUCUAGUGAGGUGAGCUGAGUGCCGGCGAGGGGUCCCGGGAGCCAUGGCCUGCUCCAUUGUCCAGUUCUGCCACUUCCAGGACCUCCAGGCCUCCCGGGACUUCCUCUUCCCUCACCUGCGGGAGGAGACCCCCAGCGGUGCCGUGCGGAGGGACCCCAGUAAAUCAACAAAUUGGGAAGAUGACGGUUGGGGAACAUGGGAAGAAACAGAACCCCAAGAACCUGAAGAAGAAGGAAGUACUUGCAAAACACAAAAAACUUCCUGGCUUCAAGAUUGUGUUUUAUCAUUAUCUCCAACCAAUGAUCUUAUGGUUAUAGCCCGGGAACAAAAAGCUGUAUUUUUAGUGCCAAAAUGGAAACAUAGUGAUAAAGGAAAAGAAGAAAUGCAAUUUGCUGUUGGUUGGAGUGGUUCUUUAAAUGUCGAAGAAGGGGAAUACGUAACCAGUGCUCUCUGUAUCCCACUAGCCAGCCAGAAGAGGAGUUCCACCGGCCGCCCUGACUGGACCUGCAUCGUGGUGGGCUUCACUUCAGGUCACGUUCGCUUCUACACCGAGAAUGGCGUGCUCCUGCUGGCACAGCUGUUGAAUGAGGACCGGGUGCUACAGCUUAAGUGCAGGACCUAUGAAAUCCCACGACACCCUGGUGUGACUGAGCAGAAUGAAGAGUUGAGUAUCUUAUACCCAGCUGCCAUUGUCACUAUUGAUGGGUUUAGUCUUUUUCAGUCUCUUCGUGCUUGUCGAAAUCAGGUAGCAAAAGCUGCAGCAUCAGGCAAUGAGAACAUACAACCACCGCCAUUAGCUUACAAGAAAUGGGGUCUACAAGAUAUUGACAGUAUUAUUGAUCAUGCUAGUAUUGGUAUUAUGACUCUGUCUCCUUUUGAUCAAAUGAAGACUGCCUCUAAUAUUGGUGGCUAUAAUGCAACCAUUAAAAACAGUCUACCUGCCAUGUCUCAGUAUAUCACAGUAGGGUCCAAUCCAUUUACUGGCUUCUUCUAUGCCUUGGAGGGAAGCACACAACCAUUAUUAUCUCAUGUGGCUCUAGCAGUUGCAAGUAAACUCACUUCUGCUUUAUUUAAUGCUGCCAGCGGAUGGCUUGGUUGGAAAAAUAAGCAUGAGGAAGAAGUAGUCCAAAAGCAAAAACCGAAGGUUGAACCAGCUACCCCAUUAGCUGUAAGGUUUGGGCUUCCAGAUUCCAGACGCCAUGGUGAAAGGAUCUGCCUGUCUCCAUGUAACACACUGGCAGCAGUAACAGAUGAUUUUGGAAGAGUUACUUUAUUGGAUGUAGCUAGGGGGAUUGCAAUACGUAUGUGGAAAGGGUACCGAGAUGCCCAGACUGGGUGGAUCCAAGUUGUAGAGGACCUUCACGAAAGAGUUCCAGAAAAGGUGGAUAUUUCCCCCUUUGGAAAUACUCAGGGCCCAAGUCGAGUAGCUCAGUUUCUUGUCAUCUAUGCCCCCAGAAGGGGAAUUUUAGAAGUAUGGAGCACCCAGCAAGGGCCUCGAGUAGGCGCCUUCAACGUGGGAAAGCACUGCCGGCUCCUGUAUCCUGGCUAUAAAAUAAUGGGCUUAAAUAAUGUGACCAGUCAGAGUUGGCAGCCGCAGACCCACCAGAUCUGUCUGGUGGACCCAGUGUCUGGAAGUGUGAAGACAGUGCACGUCCCUUUCCACCUGGCGCUGAGUGAUAAGAAGAGUGAACGAGCAAAGGACAUGCACUUGGUGAAGAAACUGUCAGCCUUACUAAAAACAAAAUCUCCCAGUCUUGAUAUGUUCGAAACUGAAAUAAAGGAAUUAAUUCUUGAUAUUAAAUACCCUGCAACCAAAAAACAGGCUUUGGAAAGCAUUUUGGCAAGUGAACGUUUACCAUUUUCCUGCCUUAGAAACAUCACUCAGACUUUGAUGGACACUUUAAAGAAUCAAGAACUUGAGUCUGUUGAUGAAGGAUUGCUCCAGUUUUGUACCAAUAAAUUGAAACUGCUCCAUCUUUAUGAGUCUGUCAGUCAAUUAAAUUCCCUUGAUUUUCAUUUAGAUACACCAUUCUCUGAUGAUGACUUGGCUGCGUUAUUAAAACUUGAUGGAAAAGAACUGCUUAAGCUGCAGAGAUUGUUAGAGAAAUACAAACAAGAAAACACUAGGACCACUGUCCGAUUUUCCGAUAACAAAGAUGGUGUGUUGCCUGUGAAAGCAUUCUUGGAAUACUUAGAAUGUGAGAAAGAUGUGAUCAACAUAAAGAAGAUGAAUGAAGAGGAAUGUGUGUCUUUAGGAAGUUUCUUUUUUUGGAAGUGUUUACAUGGAGAGAGCUCCACGGAGAAGAUCUGUCACACUCUGGAGUCUGCUGGAUUCAGCCCUCAGAUAUUGUUGUCUCUGCUCCUGAGUGUCUGGCUUUCUAAGGAGAAAGAUAUCUUGGAUCAGCCACAGUCUGUCUGCUGUCUUCAUACAAUGUUGUCCCUCUUGAGCAAAAUGAAAGUGUCCAUCGAGGAGACCUGGGAUUCACAGUCCGUAUCCCCUUGGUGGCAGCAGAUGCGCACAGCUUGUAUUCAGUCAGAGAGCAAUGGAGCUGCUCUGCUCUCAGCGCAUGUGGGGCAUUCUGUGGCCGCACAGAUGUCAAGCAGUACAGCAGAGAAAGAUUUUUCCCAAGAAGCUGGUGGUGCUGAUUCGGAGGGCCUCACUGAUUCCUGGGAGGCACUUUCUCUUGACACUGAGUACUGGAAACUCCUGCUGAAACAACUGGAGGAUUGUCUCAUUCUUCAGACUCUGCUUCAUAGCAAAAUGAACACUCAGACCUCUAAAGUGUCCUCGCCACAGGCCGAACCCCUCCCAAGGCUUUCUGUGAGAAAGUUAUUAGAAGGAGGAAAAGGUGGCAUUGCAGACACUGUAGCCAAGUGGAUAUUUAAACAGGAUAUCAGCCCUGAAAUGUUAAACCUAGCUAAUAAUGGAAAAGAUGCAGAAGACCCAGAUGAACCCAAAGAAGGUGUUAACCAAGGUUUAUUAGAGGUGGCAGAGGUGGAGAUGGACUUGGGCACCAUACCAGAGCUGCUGCGUCUGGCCUCGCAGCAAUUUCCCUGUAGCCUUGAGCCAGAUGUGCUGCACGCACACUGUUGCUGGGAGUAUGUGGUUCAGUGGAACAAAGACCCAGAGGAAGCACGUUUUUUUGUUAGAUCCAUAGAACACUUGAAGCACAUUCUUAAUGCCCAUGUUCAGAAUGGCGUUGCACUGAUGAUGUGGAACACGUUCUUGGUUAAAAGGUUUUCUGCUGCCACUUACUUGAUGGAUAAGGUUGGAAAAUCACCAAAGGACAGGUUAUGCCGAAGGGAUGUGGGGCUAAGUGAUACAGCGAUGACCUUGUUCCUUGGUUCCUGCCUGGAUCUUCUUCAGACUUUAAUGGAGGCAGAUGUGAACAGGGACGAGAUGCAGAUGACUGUCCUGGAUACUGAGGAUGCAUGGCUCAGUGUUGAAGGCCCAAUCUCCAUAGUGGAACUGGCCCUGGAACAGAAGCACAUCCACUACCCACUGGUAGAGCACCACUCUGUCCUCUGUGCCAUCCUCUACGCCAUCAUGAGGUUCUCUCUCAAGACUGUGAAGCCACUCUCCCUUUUUGACAGUAAGGGAAAAAAUGCAUUUUUCAAAGACCUGACUUCAAUUCAGUUACUACCUAGUGGGGAAAUGGAUGCAAAUUUUAUCUUACUACGACAACAGUUCUUACUGAAAGUUGUCAGUGCAGCUGUCCAGGCCCAACAUGUAGUCAUGAAGGACAAAGAUUCCUCAGGGGAAGCACCAAUUUCUCCUUUGGGGAACGACCCAGAUUGGCCAGCGCUAGCCGUGUAUUUGGCCCUUCACCUCCAAGUCAGUGAAGAUGUCGUCAGACGGCAUUAUGUGGGGGAGCUCUACAACUAUGGAGUCGACCACUUGGGAGAAGAGGCUAUUCUCCAGGUUCGUGACAAAGAGGUCCUGGCCUCUCAUCUGCUGAUGCUGACUGGGCAGAGGCUGGCCCACACGCUCCUGCACACCCAGACAAAGGAAGGCAUGGAGCUGCUGGCCAGGCUGCCACCCACUCUCUGCACUUGGCUGAAAGCAGUGGACUCUCAAGAUCUUCGAAACACUGAAGUGCCAAUUGCAACAACAGCUAAACUAGUGCAUAGAGUCAUGGAACUUCUUCCAGAAAAACAUGGGCAGUACACUCUAGCCUUGCACCUCAUGGAGGCUGUGGAAGCCAUAUCUAUGCCUACUUUAUGACACCCAGCUACUGACAACUGUCCAAAGUUGUGGCUGUAAUUAGUGCAUGGUUAUUUUACAUAGUAAGAUCUGGAAUUUUAUGGGGUGGAGGGAGUUUGUCUUAUUUUGUAAAAUAAAAAUAUAUAUUACUUUUGAAAAGCAGUCCUGGGUAAUUCCACUCCUUGGGUUAAUACUAAAGAUAAGCAAAUACCAGCUAUACUGACAUUUUACUGUUUCUUUCUAAUUGGAGCACUGAAUAGUUUCACUGGUAAACUGUUCUUAAAAGAUCCUCUAUUUCAUACUCAAAAUGCAAUUAAAUGUAAGUGUUUUCAUAGAUAGUGUCCAACAGUAAAAAAAAAAAAAAAUUCCCUCUCCUCUAAGAAAUGUUGGGGAAAUGGUUGUGCUUUCAUGGAGCUGCACCUGGAAUUCUGGAUACUGACAGGCUCCUUCCCAGAGGUCGCACUGCUGCUGUCAGAGGAGGCAGACCUUGUUUGAGGAGGAAUUAAGAAUCCAAGGUCACCAGAAGAGAUAGUAAAUGGGGCCCUCAACCUGCUGUUCUUGCAAAAUUCAGAAUCUGAGAUGCAAGCAACACAGCAGAAUUAAUUAUAAUGAAGACUUGCUUUUGCCAAGAUUGUAUCACCAGGUAAAUGUGAAAAAUGCGUUAUUGUGUAAAAAUUUUUAAAAGGGCCAAAAAUGAUAAAAACUUUAACUCCAACUUUGUUUUUCCUACAUGUGUUUAGAAAUGUCUGCUUCUGGGAUUUGGUACUGUUAUCUGUUCUUGGGAACAUAGAAGAAAUGCUCAGUGAUGCUACAACUUUAGCAAACCUACCUCAUGGCAGUGUUAAGAAUAUAAAACUAAUUUUGUACCCUAUAGUGCCUAGAGCAGUCCAAGAGCUGAGUAAUUUGUUGAUUAAAACCAAAUUACAACUAAAGUGCUUUGAGCUUUACAAAUACCAGGUAUUUGUUAACGGUAUGUUUUUGGAAUGUAGCCAUAUAAUGCAAUUCUUGAUAUCUCUAUCACGGAUCACAAUUGUUAUUCAUAGUUACUCACUGUGAUACAGUAGUUUGUUUCUUCCUUUCCUUGUAAGAAGCCAACUCUAGCAUUUGUACAAAGUUGGAGUGUGUCCUUCAUGAAUAUAAAGAAAAAAGUCUGAUGUGUGAGGGUAUCCUCGUGUAAAGUAAUUUUAAAAAUCACAUGCAAAUAAGAACUUAGCUAUUAAACCUUACACUGGGUGAGGAGGGCCUACAAUUCUGACUGAGGCUUACUGUAAAGUAGUAACUUUGGUAAGGACCAUGAGCCAGUCCUACCGCCGCCUCUGUCCCAUCCAGACAUUGUCAUGAUUCCUCAUAAUGGCAGCUGGCUUUACACAGUCAUGUCUACUCACACUCUUUACAAAAUCCCUUACAAGUUUGGGAGACUGAUCAAAGUUGAAGUCAGGUCCUCACUUUGAUUCUGUUAUCACUUUUGGAGGCAGGGGUAAUUAAUAAGCAUUUUAGAUAAAAUUGGUUAAACAAAACAUAGUAAGCUGAAAUAUGGCUCAUGGAAAUACUAACAAAUCACUGAGUCUCUGGUUAGAUUUGUAGUCUUAAAAUCUGCCAUUCACAGAAUUUUAGAAUUGACUUCUGGGUUGUAUUAGAAAAGCAGUUAAAUAUUUUACUAUUUCAUCAAGGGCUUUUAAAAUAAAUCUGAUAGGGAGAAAGGGAAAAUAACUUUGUACAUAUUCUGUAAUAACAGAGACAAGUAAAGGAAUUAGAUCUUAAGUGAACAGGUGGUUUCUGAAACAGGCUUUGUUGACUUACUGAGGUGGUUAUGGGAAGGCACAAAGCAGCAGCCUUUUCCUAGACAGACUCCAGCCCUCUAAGUCUUUCUCCAUUAUGCACCUUGUUAAAUAUCACUGCAUACUGCUCAAGGAAAACAAGUGUUCACAUAAUCUGAACAGAAUUCUGCACUACAGGUUAUAUUUAGAGGAGUCAGAGGAGCACAGCACCAUACUUCUAAAUGCUUUGUACUUUCGCAAAAGAAAUUCACCUUAAAUUUUUUUAAUGAGUUACAUUUAAGUUGCUUUACUUGAUGAACUGCAAUUUAAACAUCACAAAACUCAAAUUUAACAAAGCAUCAUGUCUACUUACAAGUUGCCGUGCUCCAUUCCAUGAGUAGUGCUCCACAGCAGCAGUGAGGUUCUUUCCCUGUAGGGAUAGGGCUCUCUGGCUUCUGCAAUUUAGAUUUCUGCUGAGUAGGAUUAGCCACCCUUAGAAAGACUAUAAUCCAAUAUGGAACCGUUUAUAGGAUUCUCUAUUAUCUGCUGUAAUGUACUGUAAAUUAGUAAAAUCCUGUAUAUGCUAUUUUGUGUUCAAUAUUGUGAGCUUCUGUGUAUCAGUCAAUAAAUUUCCAGUUUUCAUGUUGUCUUAACAUUCACAAAUGUAUGCAGAUUUCUUCCCUCUCAUGUAUAAAAGAGUAACAAACUUCUUUUUCUUCUUAUGCAAAAACAAAAUCAAUCUCACCUAA